GGGUUUUUGUGUGGCUAUAGGAAAGUUAUCACAAUCUAUAAUAAUCACAGAGAGAAACAAUGAUGAAGAUGGAAGUUAGCAUUUUAUUUCUGUGUGUGUGGGCCACACUGGCACAGGAUUUAAUGUCACCAACAUUAGACAUCCUUGCCGAAAUCAAAAAGAUUAAGAGCAUGGAGGAAAAGUUAAAUGCUCUGAAUGAUGAAGUCAUGGAACUAAGAAGCAAGAAUAAAGUAAGUGCAAAAGUAGCCUUUUCAGCCUCACUGUCAGCUUCCUGGGAGGUCAAAACUGUUGGGCCUCAUGAAGAAGCAAUCACUCUUGUGUAUGAAAAUGUAUUAACUAACAUUGGAAAUGCUUAUGAUGCCAAUACAGGAAUCUUCACAGCACCAGUAAAAGGAGUGUAUUUCUUCAACUUUGUUGUCUUCAAUCCUAAUCAUAUGUCUACUGGUGUGAGACUGUUUAAGAACGGCAAUUUUGUGGUCGCAGCUACAGAUAACCCUCCUGAGCAAGACACUGAAGACACUACAUGCAACUCAGUUAGUCUUAUUCUUGAACAAGGGGACCGGAUACAUCUUCAGCUCUUAGAGAAUCGUCGUAUCUACACAGAUUCACUGAGACGCAACACCUUCAGUGGACACCUUCUUUUUACCAUGUGAGGUAUCUGCCCAUGUACAUUUCUAAAGGAUGUUAGUCCAAAUACACUUCCAAAUACGUUUCAUUCAGAUCAGAAAAAAAAAAAAAACAAUCGAUGCUUGGCAAGAAAAA